AUGAAGUUUGCUAUUGCGCUGCUGGGCGGUGCGUCCUUGGCGUUUGGACAGACCUUCUCUUCCUACAAGAACUCGCAAGGCAUUACUUUCUGGCAGGCGAACUUCGGUACUCGUGUUGCCGCUUCUAUCCCCAAUGCACAAUUCGGCCUCGCACUCCCACCUGCUUCGGCCACGUCCCUCAACGAUGAGUACAUCGGACACUUGGCUGUGCCAAUCCCGAGCUCUGGAACCUGGAUGGGUAUUGCUCAUGCGAGUCAAAUGCCCGAUAACCUAUUGCUCUUGACGUGGUUAAAUGGCAACAAGGUUAUGACUGAUUUCCGCUAUGCUACGGACUAUCUCACACCCGCGGAGUACACAGGCAAUGCCAAGCUCACCGUGCUCUCAAGCUCUGUAAAUAGCACGUUCUACGAGUUGACCUAUCGUUGCGAACAUUGCUGGACAUGGAACCAGACUGGACAAGUUGCUGGCAGCCAGCUUCCGAAAGCGGGCGGCAACCAGAUUGUGGGCUGGGCCGAGGCCACAACAACUCCGACGAACCCCAGCGUCCAGACAGCUGGUAUCGUUCAGCAUUACGCAGACGGUCUCUUUGGUGUCGCGGUAGACUCGGCUCGCAACAGUGCAUACACAUCGUGGACGGCACUCGGAGCAAGUCCUACUUCUGUCACCACCACUGCCACUUCGAGCAAGCCCACAGGCUCUGUCACGUCAAGCUCGAAGCCAACAUCCUCUGCUUCGGCCACAUCUUCUGCGGCUGCCGUUGCACCAUCGUGCACAAGCGGUACUGCGGCUUCGAGCUUGGGCUCAUGGGACUACGUCGUCGUUGGUGGUGGUGCGGGUGGCAUCCCGCUUGCUGCGAAGCUUACUAACACUGGCAAGAAAGUUCUCCUCAUCGAGCGCGGCAACCCUUCAUCUGGUCGCCAAGGUGGUCAACUGAAACCGACCUGGCUUCAGGGCACGAACCUGACUCAAUUCGACGUCCCCGGGUUGUGCAAUGAGAUCUACGUCAGCUCGGCCGGCAUUACUUGUCCCGAUUACGGAGUCUUGGCCGGCUGCAUUCUGGGCGGAGGCACAGCUGUGAACGCUGGUCUGUGGUGGAAGCCACACCCCAAGGACUUUGCCGCUUUCCCUUCAGGAUGGCAGUCCAGUGAUAUGCAGGCCGCGAUUAGCCGCGUCUUCGCCAAGAUUCCGUUUACUGAAGUCCCCUCCUCUGACGGCCAGUUUUACCAGAUGCAGGCGUACGGUGUUCUUGGAAACAUUCUCGGCCGAAAUGGCUGGGGUGCUGUUACUGCUGGCAACACACCUGAACAGAAGACCUUGAACUACGGCCAUGCUGAGAACAUGUUCUCUCAUGGCGAGCGUGGUGGACCGAUGGCUACAUACCUUGUUGAUGCCAUGGCCAAGAACAACUUCAAGCUCAUCCUAAACACGAUGGUCGACCGAAUCACCCGAACUGGUGGUACCGCGACCGGUGUCACGGUUGAAGGCGCCUACUGUGGCAACAUCACUCUGAACGCUGGGGGCAAAGUCAUCCUAAGCGCCGGCGCUUUCGGUUCCCCCAAGGUCCUCUUCCGCUCUGGCAUUGGUCCUGCUGAUCAAUUGACGAUUGUCCAGGCCGCUGAGCCAGGCGCCAUGAUCGCUUCUAGCCAAUGGAUUGACCUCCCAGUAGGCAAAAGUCUUCAGGACCACGCUCAGACCGAUAUUGUCUGGACCCAGUCCUCUAUCCAGAACUACGAUUUCAACGCCGCUUUCACUAACCCGAUUGCCUCAGACACUCAGGCCUACCUUUCGAAGCGUGCCGGUAUCCUCACCGAAGCCGCGCCUGUCUUUCCCAUCUUCGCAUGGCACGAAGUCACUGGCCCCGACGGCAUCGCCCGCCAGAUCCAAUGGCAAGUCCGCAAUGGUCCAUCGCACGGCAUUAGCUCCAGCAACGGCAUCACCCAGACGCAGUACCUGGGCCGCGGAUCUACUUCCCGUGGUCGUACAACUAUCAAUUCGGCUCUCAACAUGGUCGUCUCGACAGUCCCUUACUACCAGGACCCCAACGAUCUCGCAGCCGCGCAGACGAGUAUGUCCAUCAUGCUUGGCCUCAUGAAACAGGAUAGCAGCAUCAACAUGCAGUACCCUGCAUCCGGCACCAAUGUCUCUGCCUUUUAUGCUCAGUACCCUGUGACGACCGGUUCGCGCUCGGCGAACCACUGGGUCAGUAGCUGCAAGAUGGGUACCGAUUCUGGCUUGAAUGGUGGCACUGCUGUCGUCGAUCCAAACCUGAAAGUCUACGGUACGAACAACAUCUAUGUUCUGGAUGCUUCCAUCAUCCCGGAGAUCUGCUCGGCAAACCCGAGUGCAUUGAUUGUUUCUCUGGCUGAAAGGGCUUCUGAUAUCUUGUGA